AUGGCGGAAGCCGAACAAAAGCAGCGCAAAUCCGUUGCCUUCAGCGAAGGUUCAGUCAUCAUGGACACCAACGGUCAAGUCACAGAGGCCCCCCCAGCCGACCAGCCUGCCGACAAGGAAGUCGACGAGGUCACCGACAUGUUCAAGGGUCUAUCUAAGAAGAAGAAGACUAAGAAGUCUUCCAAGGAUGCCGAGGCCGAUGGCGAGGAAGCCCCCGCAGCCGACGGCGAGUUCGAUCCCUCCGCCCUGAAAAAGAAGAAGAAGCCUUCUAAGGCCAGGAAGGUCGACGCCGGCGACUUCGAGGCUAAGCUCGCUGAGGCUGGUGUUUCCGAGGAGGCUGGCGAGGAAGCCGCUGAAGAAGUUAUUCCUGAGGGUGACCCAGAGGCCGGCACCGGUAUCUGGGCCCACGAUGCCACCCAAACCAUCCCCUACUCUCUUCUCGUCUCUCGAUUCUUCUCCCUCAUCCAGAGCCACCACCCCGACCUCUUGUCCAGCGGAACCAAGUCCUACAAGAUUCCCCCUCCCCAGUGUUUGCGUGAGGGUAACCGUCGUACCGUCUUCGCCAACAUUGCCGAUAUCUGCAAGCGCAUGAAGCGUUCCGAAGACCACGUUACGCAGUUCCUCUUCGCUGAGUUGGGUACUAGCGGCAGUGUCGACGGCAGCCGUCGUCUGGUUAUUAAGGGUCGUUUCGUCCAGCGACAAAUCGAGUCCGUCCUUAGGUCAUAUAUCGUCGAGUACGUUACAUGCAAGACCUGCCGCAGCCCCGACACCGAGCUCAACAAGGGUGAGAACCGUCUGUACUUCAUCACUUGCAACUCUUGCGGAUCCCGCCGUUCCGUCGCGGCUAUCAAGACUGGUUUCCGUGGACAAGUCGGUCGCCGCAAGCGUACUGGUUAAGCGAGUUAGCAACUGGAUUUGGCAUAUUGUGGAGGAGGGAGUUAUUUUAUUUUCUCUUCUUUAUGGCGUGUCACGAAAUGGGAUUGUGGUCGGUGAAAAAUUAGACCCC